AUGGACCAUCACUACGCUGAGUAUACGGCCGCCAACGAGGCGCUUCUGCACCAACAGAUUCCCAACUUAACCUAUGGUCAGCAGGAGACUUAUCAGAACGAUUCUUCCAUGGACGAGGACACCCCUAACUUCGCAGAACAGACGCCUGCCUGGAGUGCUUCCAACUCACCUGUUCAGAUCCGGGCGCAACCACACAGCGAGUUCGAUCAACCGCCAACGUUUCAGUUGCUGCCCACGUUUUCAGGAAGCUCGUUUGAGCACCAUCAGAGUCUCCGCAACGGCAAUUUCCAGCUGGUAGACUCAAGCAACUCGGCGACAUUUCAGCCGCCGUCGGGGUUCAUGGAAUUGAACAAUCUGUCGUAUACCAAUUUAUCUGAAACAAGCAACGCCAACUCUGCUGGUAACUCUUUGAAUGACAGCUAUCUGGCUGCAUUCCAGUCUAAAGGAGCACAGUACUUUGAAGCACCACAGAAGGUGGACGCCCAAUAUCAACUUUACCAACAACAACAACAACAACAACAACAACAGCAGCAGCAGCAGCAGCAACAACAACAACAGCAACAACAACAACUACAACAGCAGCAAAAACUUGAGCAGCAAAAGCUACAAGAGCAAAAACUUCAACAACAACUAGAGCAGCAAAAACAUCAACAGCAACAACUUCAGCAACAACAACAACUUCAGCAACAGCAACAACUUCAACAACAACUUCAACAACAACAACAACAACAACUGCAAUUCCAGUCUCUGGCACAAGCAGCGCAACAGCUUCAACAGCAACUCCGUCUGAAUGUGCGCCCACCACUGUUUCCCACAGAGGCACCCCGUACUCCGCCAGCACAGGUUACAGGACAAGGAGAAACAAAGAGCAGCAACUAUGUUUAUUUCAAUCGCCAACCAUCGCUCAUGAGCAAGGCGUCACAGGAUAAGGCAGCGGCCAUAAAGUUGAAACUCGAAAACUACUACCAAAUGUCUGUUGGCCAUGCUAUUGAACGCAACCAGCGGCGGUUGGACUUGGAAAACAAACUCAUGUCACAAGAGUCUGGCAUGAGUGAAGAAAGACGUAACAGACAAUUGCAGAACUUGGGUAAGAAAGAAUCACAAUUCUUGCGCCUCCGGCGCACAAAGUUGUCUUUGGAAGAUUUCAUCACCGUGAAGGUGAUCGGAAAAGGUGCUUUUGGGGAAGUACGUUUAGUUCAAAAACGUGAUACAGGCAAGAUCUAUGCCAUGAAAACGUUACUUAAAUCCGAGAUGUACAAGAAAGACCAGCUUGCACAUGUGAAGGCUGAACGUGAUGUGUUGGCAGGCAGUGACUCGCCAUGGGUUGUAUCUUUGUAUUACUCAUUUCAGGAUGCAGUUAACUUGUACUUGAUUAUGGAGUUUCUACCUGGUGGAGACUUGAUGACAAUGUUGAUUAGGUGGCAGAUCUUCACCGAAGACAUCACGAGAUUUUACAUGGCCGAAUGCGUGUUAGCCAUCGAGGCAAUCCAUAAAUUGGGCUUUAUUCAUCGUGAUGUCAAGCCUGAUAAUAUUUUGAUAGACAUAAGGGGCCACAUCAAACUUUCCGACUUUGGCUUGUCCACGGGAUUCCAUAAAACACAUGACUCCAAUUAUUAUAAGAAAUUGUUAGAGAAGGAAACGCAACUGGGUUCUUCCUUAGCUGUUCCUGGCAAAGGCGGCCAGCGUAACUCCAUGAUGGUGGAUGCCAUUCACUUGACCAUGUCCAACCGUCAGCAAAUGCAGACGUGGCGUAAGUCCCGUCGUUUGAUGGCAUACUCUACUGUUGGAACGCCCGAUUAUAUCGCUCCGGAGAUUUUCAUUCAUCAAGGCUACGGUCAGGAGUGUGAUUGGUGGUCUCUAGGGGCUAUCAUGUUUGAGUGUUUGAUAGGCUGGCCACCAUUCUGCUCUGAGACUCCCCACGAGACUUAUCGUAAGAUUGUCAACUGGCAGGAGUCGUUGGUGAUUCCAGAGGAUAUCCACUUGUCUCCUGAGGCUGAAGACUUGAUUCGCAGCUUAUUAACUAGCAGUGACCGGCGCUUGGGCCGCCACGGUGGUGCGGACGAGAUCAAACAACAUCCAUUCUUCCGUGGCGUUGACUGGGACACCAUUCGACGCGUAGAUGCACCAUUUAUUCCAAAGUUGCGUUCUAUCACCGAUACUCGAUUCUUCCCUACAGAGGAAUUGGAGAAUGUACCAGAUAGUCCAGCGAUGAGCCGAGCACAGCAGCAACAGCAACAGCUGCUGCAAGAGCAGGGGAAGAAUAUCAAGGAGGACCUCCCGUUUAUUGGCUACACAUACUCACGGUUCGACUACUUGACGCGGAAGAAUGCAUUGUAA